AUGGCACCAAUGUUAAGAUCAGCCAAAAAGAUGAGAAAACAUCUCAUCGAACAACUUAAAAGUAGAAAAGUUGAGGGUGCAAGAAUAGCCAAAGGGUUUAAGACACAAGAAGACCUUAUAAGCUUGAAUUUAGCCCCUCAAGUAUUCUUAUUCAAGAACUUGUUCUCAGGACAAGUAGCAUAUUCCCAAGUUCCAGCAUUACAUCAAGAUCAAAUAGAUGAGCAAUUUACCAGACCUAAUUGGGAAAACAGAAAACCAAGUAGAAGAGAUGAUUUAUGGAGAAUUAUGUGUGUAGCUAAUUUCAAUAACUAUGAAUACGCUAUUGCAGCAUAUCAAGGAUUAGUUGAUUUAAGAAGAGUCAGAGAUGUAGUACAGAAAAAAGAAGCUAAUGAAAUGAGAUAUAAAAAUGACGAAGGUAAUAUUUGGUAUUCCGGUCAAUACAGACCCAUUUAUUCCCAAGAAGCCGUAGCUGAUUUAAAUCACAUUAUCGAAGAAUUUGAAUUAGAGAAUACAGAACUUUUAUGGGAAAAUUUAUGGAGGAAAGGUGAUGAUAAAUAUUGGUCUGAUCUUGUCCAACAUGAUAGUUUACCGCCUUUCAACCCAAAAUAUCAAUCGGCUUUCUUGGACGAGAUAAGAGAAAAAGCGUUAGCCGAAUUUCAAAAUGCUCGUGAUCUGGAAAUUACAGAAACUAUGUAA